GUGAGCCUUCUUCUUCUUCUUCUUCCCCUUCCAUCCGUUCAUUGAAAUACACGCAUUUCUUGCCUUCCUCCCUUCAACCACCUUUCUCCUUUUCCCUUUCCUCCUGCUCUGGAAGGUUUCAGAUCAACUGUUACGGAGCUACUUCCUCAUCAUGUGAGAUUCGCAUGAGCAUUUUGGAGAGGGGAAUAGAGGGCAGCCAUGGAAUUUGCUAGAAUUAGGGAUCUUUUCGCCCUAAGGAGCAUUUCCAGAAGCACCCGGGUUGCCCUCGUGGGUGGAAAUCACACCGCUGCCAGGUUCUGCUCCCGCUAAAUCUCCUUCUUCUUCCUCUUCGUUCGCCAUUGUUGGCUGGAUUCUCUCUUCCCUUUCCUCUCUCUUUCUCUAUCUCUUUGCGUGUUUAGUUCCGUUCUAAGCUUAGAUUCUGGAGAUCCGGGUUUCUUGUUCGGCAAAAGAAAGAAAAAUCGGGUUGCCGAUCUGUUGCCUAUUUUCUGGGUGCAGUUGAAGUGUUUGAUUGAUUGUCCCUGAGAAUGGAUUUGGCUCGUAGCCACAGCCAUGGCAGUCGCCGUGGUGUAAAGCCCAAGCCUAAUUGCUUUUACGGGGUAGGGAUUGCUUUGAAUCCCGACGCCCUGUUGAUAAUCAAACUCCCUGAUGCGCGGGUUCUGCGGAUAAUGUCCCGCUCCCUGUUCUUGGCUGUGGUUCUCCUCACUCUGGCCUCGUUUGGCUCGGUUAUGAGAGGUUCGUUUAAUGCUCCUAAUGAUUCUUAUGAUGUGGACUCUGAUUGGGGUGAUUUCUCCAUGCUGCCCAGUCUUAUCCAUGAUCUGUCUGAUGAGGGCCUUCUCCGCAAGGGACACAAGGGCCUCAUUGUGAGUUCUGGUUAUGGUGAUUUGGUUGAAGAUAUGGAUUUGGAAUUCUUAAACGAAAGAGAGAUCGAAUGGGUGAUUGGAUCCGGAUCUGAUCCGAUGAAAUCCAUUCCGAAUGAGUCGUUUGAUUUCGCCAUCGGAUCAAGCUUCCGGAAUGCAAGGUUCAUUGAUCGGGUUCUCAAGACCGGGGGGAUUAUGGUCAUCCCGUUGAGCAAUGACCCCUCCAACGAGCUCUUGCACCCAAUAAACUAUGGGAUUGUGUACCUCAGGAGAUUCGAGAGCACGAUAGUGGCAAUGAGGAAAAAUGGCAUUGCUCGGAAUUCAAGAAAAGCCGAGACAAUUUGUGGGACAACCAUAGAGGCCAAGAGAGCAGCAUUGAAAAACUUGGAGGAUGCCCUGCUAGAACCACCUAGAGGGGCAUUCAUGAAAUCGAGUAUGAGGAAAAUCAAGUUCCUCCCUGAUUUAUUGGGGGAUUCGCUUGAGAAUUACCCUCGAAGGGUUUUCAUUUCUGAUGACAAGGACGGUGCAGAGGAGUGGUUUCGCAAGAACUACCCUGUAAAGAAUCAAAUAUUCGAUUUUUACCGAAUUAACAUUGUGACUGCUGCUGGUUCCGAGGAAGAGGGUGUUGGGGCGUCUAAUUGGUUGAGAAACACUGCAAAGGAAGAGGAUUACGUUGUGAUGAAGGCUGAUGUGGAAUUGGUGGAGGAGUUGGUGAGGAAGAAGACAAUUUGCCUCAUAGAUGAGCUAUUUUUGGAGUGCAAAAGCCAGUGGGAUGAAGGUGGUGAAGAAGAAGAGAACCGGCCAAAGCAGAGGGCUUAUUGGCAAUGUUUGGAAUUACACGGAAGGUUGAGAGAGGAGGGAGUUGCAGUUCAUCAAUGGUGGACUUGAUCGCGCCUUUUUUUCUUUAGGAUUUGAGAGUGCAUUUAAUUGGUGAUUCACCUGUUUGCCACUCUCUCAAUAUCAUCUUCUUAUCUCGUGUAAGGUUGUGAUUAUAUAUAAUUUGCUUGUUUUGAGCAAAUUGUCGUUGAAUAUGUACCUGUUAAUUGUUAUAGACUCUUUUGUUGUUUGAGGUUUGUAUUUGUGACAAUUUCAUCUUAGUUGACUCAGCGGGAGGAACUAAUAAGAAAAAGUGUGUUGAUUU